AUGCGUAUCAAGACCAUAAAGUUGAGUGAAGCAAUUGACUUCGAACAGUUCAGCAAUGCAACGAAACUCUUCAGAGUCACCGCUCUCAUCCUAAAGUUUAUCAGAAAUGUAAAGGUAGCGAGAAACCGGAGAAGAGAACCGCAAAAUAAAAAACCAACCCUGACGGUAGAAGAGAUCAGUGAAGCAAAGAGCUUACGGAUUCGCGAAAUACAGGAACCUAUGAAGCACGAAAAGAAUUUCGAGAAUCUAAAGCAACAACGCGGUUUAUUCAGCAAAGAUGGUAAAAUUCUGAAGUGCAAAGGCAGACUGGGGAACGCUCCACUGGACAUCCAAGGCAGACAACUUCUGAAGAAAACGCCUCAUCAGUGUGUUAUCUGCAAGAAACUAGGUUUGCCUUACAAGGCCCCCAAAAGAGCUGAUCUACCCGAAACAAGGGUCACCGAUAUCCCUACGUUCACGCACGUGGGAGUUGAUUUCGGCGGCCUGUUAUUUACGAAGACUACCAGAGUUACAGCCAGAACUUACAUCUGCCUGUUUACAUGUGCUACGUCCACAGUGAUGCACCUUCCAGACUUAUCCUCAGAAGCGUUCAUUGGAGGUCUUCAACGAUUUGCUGGAAGACGAGGAAUACCAGCCUCCAUAACAUCUGACAACGCCAAAACGUUCAAGGGAACCAACAUAGACCUUACCCAGCUAUUCAGAGACAUGAAAGCCCAAGAUUUUGCCACCAACCAAAACAUCACUUGUAAAUUCAUUCUAGUGAAAGCGCCAUGGUGGGGAGGAUAUUAUGAGUGUAUGAUCUAG